UUUAUGUACUGCUUUCGAUUCCCCAAUAUGGUUUAAUAACCCUAGGGGGUACCUCGGAUAACGUAGCAGUCUAGUUCUUACAACAGAAUGUCGUGGUUAUCUCUUUCAGAUGAAGCUUAUGCGGGCCGGGGAUCUUGACUAUUUUAAGAAAUUCUACCGCAUGACCCCGCAAGAGUAUGAUUACGUGCUCAAACUUGUAGAAGACGACCUUCGACGUUCCUAUGUGUGCAGGGAACCAAUUAGUGCAUCGGAGCGGUUGGCCAUGACGCUGAGGUACCUAUCGUCAGGAGAUCCUGUAAAGGAUGUCGCACUGGCCUUCCGUGUGGGCAUAUCGACUGCAAGAGCUGCCAUUAUCGACACAUGCAAGAGUCUGUGGGAAAGGCUGAGGCCCCUCUACAUGCCGACUCCCAGCACUCAGGUAUGGCAGGACAUCGCUAUGGAAUUUCAGAGACUCUGGCAAUUUCCAAACUGCGUCGGAGCAGUCGACGGAAAGCAUGUCCAGAUGCAGGCACCUGUUAGGAGCGGCUCCCUAUAUUUCAAUUACAAGGUGUGAUAAUCUUUACAUUUAAUAGAACCUUUCAAGCAUUAAUAGCAUUUAUGGCCAUAGUGUGUUAUGCGCGUAUCGUGCACUUCCCCUUUUUUUCAUUUUGUGUGGCAUCCCCCU